AUGAUUACAGAUGACAUCCACGACCACCCCAAGUCCGACUGCUUCAUGAAGAUCCUGCAGGGCGACGUCAAGGAGGCACUCUUCGACUGGCCCAAAGGGGAGGGAUGCAAGAUGACUGAGAGGUUUCACACAACCCUGAAGGAAAACCAGGUGUCCUUCAUGGACGACUCCAUUGGCUUGCACCGUGUGGAAAAUGUCAGCGACACCAAGUGCGCAGUCAGUUUGCACGUUUACAUCCCCCCAAUUGAUCGCUGUGACAUCUUUGACGAGCUCACCGGCCACAUGACAACAAUCAAAUUGGAUUACGAUAGCAGAUAUGGAGUGAGGACUUAA